AUGGCACCGUCGAGGGGCGUGACCAGCACCGAGGCUCUGAAAGACAAUGGCGAUGUUGCUGUACAACAACAAUCCAACUCUGCGCUGGCCAAUGCACGACGGAAUCUGAACUACCUCAUAUCACCAACCUCAUCAAAUGCCCAGAGGCCGACGCGGCUCCGCACGAGAGCUUUCUUGCGGACCUUCAGGUACAUCGGACAGUUCAUUCUCUGGCGACUGGUACGGUGGGCCAAAUAUGUGGCGGUUGGGUCACUUGUAGCUGCAAUUGGGGCCACUGCUAUCGGCGGAGCGAUUUCUGGAGUGGCCUGGCUGGCCGCACCCCCAACGUUUGGGGCCAGUAUCAUCGCCGCGUCCGUCUGGGGCGUUGGGAAGUUUGCAGCGCGACGACUGCAUAAAAAGUGGGAGAAGGAGGGAGGGACUGUCGGGGAAGCAAUGAGGGAGCGAAUCGAGGACGGCCGAGACGUCAGGGGGGACGGGUCGUACGGAACCGACCUGGGACCACGAGCAACGCCUUGGUGA